UGCAAGCAAAAAAAAAGGAAAACUCCUUCUCUGACGUCAGAGGGGUAUAAAAAAGGCCAAAUGGGGAAAAUUCAACUGGAGCGCAAAACACGAGCCUGUACACACACACACACACUCGCACAGUGCUGCUUUUGGAAAUUUAUUUCAGCAAAAAUGAGGAGAUCUAUCGGAGUCUGAUUUCGGAUCCGUAAACUUUCCCGACUUUAGGUAUUGCAUUUUUUCCCCCUGUCUUUUUACGCACUGCAUAGGCUUUUCUGUUCUCUCGCAUACAAACCCGUUACUUGUUUUAUUUUACCGUUCAGUUCCUUUAUUUCUUACUUUUAUUCUCUGUUGCGUGUUUUAGGCGCUCUUCGUUCUCUCCGUCUUGGUUUUUUUUUUUAAACUCCCGGUGCGCUCUGCGUGAUGCCCGCUGGCAUGUUCAGCAUCGACAGUAUCCUGGCCGGCAGAGCUGGCAGAGCUGGCCGAAGUGCGCGAGCAGGCUGUAAGGACUCUCUCCUGCUCAGUGGGGAUGAAGGGCCGCUCCUCUUCCCCAGUUUGACGGAUUCAUUGGCAGCCGCGGCUCCUGAUUACAGCGGAGUGUAUUCAGCCCGGAUACCGGCUUACAGCUCCUACUGCUACGGCGCGAGCGCGGCACCGAGCUGCUGCCCUGGAUCCUUACCGAGUCAGUGUCCGUGCAUGCCAACAGUGUACGACAGCCCUGGCUCGGUGCUGAUGUCCCCGGUUCCUCCUCCUCACAUGAUGUCCUACAUGUCCAUGUCCCCUUUGGCCCCUCUGACCCCCCUGAGCUCGGUGUCGCGCGCAGAGCUGCAGCUCCUCAAUCAGCUGCACUGCAGGAGGAAGCGGCGGCACCGCACCAUCUUCACCGACGAGCAGCUCGAAGCCCUCGAGGGCCUUUUUCAGGAGACGAAAUACCCGGAUGUGGGCACGAGGGAGCAGCUGGCCCGAAAAGUGCACCUGCGCGAGGAGAAGGUGGAGGUUUGGUUCAAAAACAGACGAGCAAAAUGGAGAAGACAGAAAAGAUCAUCCUCGGAGGAAUCAGAGAGCACACAGAAAUGGAACAAAUCCGCCAAAAGCGCCACAGCGGAGAAAACAGAGGAGAGCAAAAGCGAUGCGGACUCGGACAGCUGAUAAAACAAAACACAACACACACACACACACACACACAUACACACACACAAAUACAUUUAUAAUGUCUUAAUAUAAUCACCGAUCGGACUUGUACAUAAUGUAAAAAAACAAAACAAAAAGAAAUGUCGUGUGAAACUGAAGACGUAUUGUUCUGUUUUCAUGCUGUUGCACAGAUGUAUAGUAAAUGUGACAUUUUAGCAUUGAUUAUUGUUAUUUAUAUUAAUUUAAUUGUUUUUACACAGCAGACAAAAUAUACCGUGGUCUGGUCAUAUGAAUAUUAAAUAUUACUAUCACGUA